AAGUGACGUAACAAGACACGCGUGGCGCGGGCCGCCGUUUCCGCAAACAGAAUUGCGUUUGGCUGUGCUGUUUUGGUUCAUGAAGUUUCACCAUCAUUUCAAGUAAUCAUAAAUGGCAAAUUCUACAAAAGCAGAGGAAUAUGAAAAGAUGUCUCUCGAACAGGCUAAAGCAUCAGCAAAUUCUGAAACAGAGUCUUCGUUCCGUAUUAAUGAAAACACAACAGCUUCUGGAACUGGGCUUUCUGAAAAGACUCCUGUCUGUGGGCAAGUAGACACAGCAAGAAAGAGAAAAGUGUUUGAAGAUGAUUUUAUAAAGGAAAGUUCUAGUUGUGGGGAAGACACUCCAUCCAAGAGGAGAAAACUUGAUUCCGAAAUUGUCCCAGAGAAAAAAGAUUCUGGUGACGAUGAAGACAAUUCAGAGAAAAGAAAAAGAGAAACUGAGGAUGUUCCAAAAGAUGAAUCUUCUACUGGAGAUGGCACUCAAAAUAAGAGGAAAAUAGCACUUGAGGAUGUUCCUGAAAAGCAGAAAAAUCUAGAAGAAGGACACAGCUCAGCCGUGGCUGCCCAUUACAAUGAACUUCAGGAAGUUGGUUUGGAAAAGCGUAGUCAAAGUCGUAUUUUUUACCUAAGAAACUUUAAUAAUUGGAUGAAAAGUGUUCUCAUUGGAGAAUUUUUGGAAAAGGUACGACAGAAGAAAAAACAUGAUAUCACUGUUUUGGACCUGGGAUGUGGUAAAGGUGGAGAUUUGCUCAAAUGGAAAAAAGGAAGAAUUAACAAGCUAGUUUGUACUGAUAUUGCUGAUGUUUCUAUCAAACAGUGUCAGCAGCGGUAUGAGGACAUGAAAAAUCGUCGUGAUAGUGAAUACAUUUUCAGUGCAGAAUUUAUAACUGCUGACUGCUCAAAGGAGCUUCUGAUUGACAAAUUUCGUGACCCACAAAUGUGUUUUGACAUCUGCAGUUGUCAGUUUGUCUGUCAUUACUCAUUUGAGUCCUAUGAGCAGGCUGACAUGAUGCUGAGAAAUGCGUGUGAGAGACUUAGCCCUGGGGGCUAUUUUAUUGGUACUACUCCCAAUAGCUUUGAAUUGAUAAGACGCCUUGAAGCUUCAGAAACAGAAUCAUUUGGAAAUGAAAUAUACACUGUGAAAUUUCAGAAGAAAGGAGAUUAUCCUUUAUUUGGCUGCAAAUAUGACUUCAACUUGGAAGGUGUUGUGGAUGUCCCUGAAUUCUUGGUCUAUUUUCCAUUACUAAAUGAAAUGGCAAAGAAAUACAGUAUGAAACUAGUCUACAAAAAAACAUUUCGGGAAUUUUACGAAGAAAAGAUUAAGAACAAUGAAAAUAAAAUGCUGUUAAAACGAAUGCAGGCCUUGGAGCCGUAUCCUGCAAAUGAGAAUUCUAAACUUGUCUCUGAGAAGGUGGAUGACUAUGAACACGCAGCAAAGUACAUGAAGAACAGUCAAGUAAGGUUACCUUUGGGAACCUUAAGUAAAUCAGAAUGGGAAGCUACAAGUAUUUACUUGGUGUUUGCCUUUGAGAAGCAGCAAUGAGCGUGUAUGUAGUAGUCCCAGAGGGGCUAUGUUCUGUCCUACACAAAUUUGAACAACCCAUCUCAAUAUAUUUGACAUUUCUCUGUUUGUUGAUUUUAAUUCUGAAUGUGCAGGAUGCUUCCAGAAACUGUAGAAAUUCAACAUUCGCUGUCUGUGACAGAUGAACUUUUGCAUGUGUAUAUAAGAAUGAGUUGGGACCUCUGUCGUUAAAAAUCUAUUUUUAAGUAACAUUCUAAGAAUUCCAUUUGCCUCUAUAAUCUUAGCUCAUAAAAAUUAUAAUAUGACUUGUUAAAGCAACUAAACUCUUUCCACAGUGCUCAGAUUUGUCCCGUGUGUGUUUACAGUAUUAAAUUUAUUGCAGUUGUAGAAUUGGUCAGAGAGCAUUUUCAUAGUGUGCUCAUUUCUGUUGUUUUAUUAUAUAGCAUUUUUCAAGAUUUAAUGGAUUGCAUUCUGUACAGUUUAAUGUAAGUGUUCAAUAUGUAUUGCUAAAGUUACAAGUUUAAAACUCAAUUUCAGAUGUUCAUAAAAGUUAGCAAAAAUUUUAGCAAUUUUUUGCAUUUGAAAUAAUUAUUAACAUACUGCAAUUCAGGAGCUGGUUAGAUCAUGGAUUGCAUUCUGUACAGUUGAAUGUAAGUGUUCAAUAUGUAUUGCUAAAGUUACAAGUUUAAAACUCAAUCUCAGAUGUUCAUAAAAGUUAGCAAAAAUUUUAGCAAUUUGUUACAUUUUGAAAUAAUCAUUAACAUACUGCAAUUCAGGAGCUGGUUAGAACAUUUUAAGUGGCAGCAUAGAAUUUUGGAAUUUUGGGGCUUUCUUUUGAGAAUUUGCUACCAUAGCAAUUAAUGUCUCCAGUUAUCAAGAUUGUGAUUAGACACAUUUACCUUUCUUCUUUGAACAAUGGUGCCAUAGUUAUUUUUCUCAAGAUUUUAGUGAAAAUCCCUCUCAUGUAAACAUGUUGCACAUUUUUCCAAAUUUAUACAUGGAACUGCUAUAGGAAUAUUCUCAUCAACUGAUGCUGUGUACCCACUUCAGCCCAGAAGUAAGCAAAACCUGUUCCUCUGUUACAGCGUCAGCACUUUGCACCAUAGGAACCAUUGUUAAAAUUGUCACUUGUGUAAUUGACUGCUUUUCCCAAAUUGGUCCCUAUGUGAACUGUUGUCCUUACUUUACACCACUGUUUGGAAAACUUGCCAGUUUUUAGAUGUAGAUGUAGUGAAAAACUUCAAGAAUGAAGCAGAGCAAUUCAGCAUUCUUUUUUAAAUUAUUAAGCCAUGGUUUACAAAACCAUUACUUUCUGUAGUAAUUCACAGUACUUGUUUUAAAAACAGUGUCUUCAUUAGUUUACAUCUAUUAACUGUUCAUGGUGUUAGAGUUGCAAACUUUUUAGCGAGAAAACAUGGGUUUCCUCAUUUCAGUUUCUUCUGCAGUCUGUCAAUCUCCAAACUGUUACCAGUUUACAAAAAUAAGUCUUUUUGCCUUAAGUCAUUUGGGAAAUACAUAAUACUGCAUCUGACCGGUGGCUGCCAUUAGCUAGGAAAGGUUUGUAAAUGAUGUCAGGGAGGUGGGGAAAAGGAAUCUUCCUGUUACAUAUUCAGGUUCAUUUUUACUCAAGGGUAGUGCCAGGAAGUAUGUUGAUAGUUUGGUAGGUACAAGAAAAGCAUCAUCAUUAUUUCCUCUGUUUACAUUUACUGGUCUUAAUUAGCAGGUAAUAAUAAUGCAUGUACUUUUAGCCUCUUUCAGCCUGUUGCACUCCCUGGGUGAUUUGGGGAAAGAAGAAUCCUCCAAAGGAUAGAGUAGCCAGCAGUAAUACAAAGCAGAGAGAACAGAAAGGUAGAGUUCCUAAAGCCUUCAGUGAACAGAAAGGAGCAGAAAGUGAGAUCAGAUCUGAGAAGGUGCUCUGGGUACUGAGGCCACUGUUGUUGGAAUGGGAGAGGCUCCUUGUAGCCACCCCUGCAGGCACUAUGUUCAGGUGUCCACCUUCCUCCUUGAGCUUUGCCUGUGUGUUGCCUUAUCAGUUCUUUCACUACCACCCUCCACCCCCACCCCCACCCCAGUGUCCCCUUGUAUAAUUAAGUUUCUGGACAUUGACUUAAUUAUUAGGAAAAGGACUAAAGGUAUCCCUUGGCUACCAUCUCUGAUCACCAUGGUGGAAAGGAGCUGGUAGGACUCUUCCUUGACACACCCUGCAGUCUAAGUGUUUGGUUUUCUAUGCAGGACUUACGGUAACAAUUAUGGGGGGUCGGGGGGUAUGGGUUUUCACUGUUGGGCCAGGAAGAGCAUCUGCUGCAGCAGGCUUGGUGAAAUGGGGCACUCCCAGACCUGCCAUGCAGUUUAUCCUCUGAUAAUAGAAUUAGAAAUGAAGGUCUAACCAGCUAUUGGUGGGAAUGACGGAAUUGGAGAUUGCAGUGAUUGAUCUGGGAACAUGGCUGGAUUGUGAUGUAACCAAGAAUGCUGAUGUUGAAUUAUUUGGGCCUAGAAUAUUCUUGAGAAAUUGAGAAAGCACUAAUUGGCUUGUGUUGAGGGAGAGGAGCUGGCAGUUUUUAACCACAUCUAAGGGAGCCGUGUUCUAACCUGUGGAAAGUAUUGCAGGCAUGUGAGAGUAACACCUCUGCAGAGUCACUGCACCAUCAAGCUUGGCCCUCAUGUUCCUUCAAUACCCAGCCAGGCGCUCUGGGUCCAGGGUGACUCUCCAAAGAAAUUGACCUUCAGCCAGAGAAAACAUUGGAUGGAGACUCUUGCUUAUGUUAAUGCAUUCUUGUAAUGACUUAAAGGAAGAUUGCCAGUACAGUGAGUUUUGCAGCCUGCUCCCCCACCCACACUUGGAAAUUGAGGGAGCAUGACUGCUGUCUGACUUCACAUGUUAAUAGAGGAUAAGUGCAGAGUUGGGAGUAUAUUGAUCAGCAUUAUAGAAAGGCAGACAAACCAUGUUCAGCCAUGAGAUGGCCGGGUUUCCAGUUCUGUUAACUCUCGGGAAUUUCUUCAGCCUUUUAGCUUAGUGCCAUUAUGUCAUUUUGAUUUGUAUUCAAGUACUCUUCAAGUAUCACUGUGGUGAAGGUUUGGCUACUUGUAUAGGUCUGACUGCAGGGCAGAGAUGCCAGUGUGAAUAUUCUAGCUACCAGACAUCGUUUUUGUUGAAAAACUGACUUUCUGUUGUCUACCUCAGGCCUUGUGCAUUUGGGUUAUCUCUAGCUAGUCACCACACGGGGUUUCUAGGUCUGCAAAAUAGAGACCAAAUCCAGGGACCAGGCCCCAAUAACGGAAGUUGUACCAAAAUGCCUGUGGUACUUGAUGGCCUGUUGGUCAAAUAGGAAGUAUAAGUGUGUGAUAUUAGAAUCUCCCUAGUUGCUGCUAUGUCAAACACUACCCACUUAAGUGUUUUAAUUCCCCACCUUCUGAGUGACAUUCCUAAUUCUUUAAAGGCAACCAGUGCAAAGCCUGCUACACUUAUGUAGUCACAUACAUACGGGACUGGAGCCCAGGGCACUGUCAGUAGUUCUCCCUCUUGUGCUUCCCAGUUUGCCCUCUGCCCCCAUGUAGGCCUAAAGCCACCCCACUGCUUAGUGCCUGCCCCUAACUACAAUAUUGAGGAAGUGCAGGACAUCCAAGGGUACUCUGCACAGUUUGGCUGUGGAGGCUUUUGAGCAAGCCCUAAAGUCUCCUGCUCCCUAGACUUCUGGGUUGUGCUUUCUUGGGACAGCAUACUUUGGACAAAGCUGAGCUGACAGCUAAUGUUUAUUAGCCUCCUACCUAAGUCACUUUGCUAAAUGCUUCACCUGCGGUAAUUUAUUUUGAUUGUUAUAACAUCUCUGUGAGCACCAUUAUCCCCAUUUUAAUGAUGAGAAAACUGAGUCAUAGAGGAUACAGACUUGCCCAAAUGAGAGCUAGAAUUUCCACACCCACUCCCCAAGUCAGGCCUGCCCUCCAAGUGCUUGUUAUAUAUCUCCAAGGGUGUUAGCCCAGAUGACUCCUCACCCAUCCACCACCUGCAGUUUGAAAUGUUAACUAUUAGAGCCCCAUCCUUUUUGUUACUUAGAUGUUCCCUGGGAGGAGUGUUUAUUUCUGAGUAAGGGGCUUUGUUGAGAGAGGGGUAGAGAGAGCAGGAGAGCACUGGAGUGCACUGGCAGGAAGCAAAGAGAAGACCUGAAUUUCAGUUUGGUAGACUUCUUUUAGCAGCCUGACCUGUAGCAAUUCUAGUUUAGUCUGCAUGAUAGGGAGAAGGGUUCUCUUCCCGCCCUCACCAUUUGCAAGUGGCGGGAGCUGAGAAUGCGAGUUUAAGAGUGUAGCCAAGGUGAGAGGCUGCGAGAGAAGACUUUUUUUUUCAGUUUUCAGUCGGGUAUCCAGACAGAGGCAAAUAAUUUUGUUAACUUUUUAUUAAAGUAUAACUGUAGAAACACAUCAGUGAUUUUUCACAAAUGGAACACGUGCAUACAAUCAGCACCCCAGAAGUCCCCCAUCAGAUUCCCUUCCAGUUAACUACCUCUCCAAGGGAAACCACUAUCCUGAGUUCUAAGAGCAUAGAUUAGUUCUGUCCGGUUUGGGGUGAUACAUGAAUGGAAUUAAGCAUUAUGCAUUCUUUCUAUCUGGUUUCUUUCCCCCAGUAUUAUGUCUGCGAGAUUUUUGUUGCAUGUAUUUGUACAUGGUUUUUCAUUCUCAUGGUUGUAUAAUAUUCCAUUAUGUGAAUAAAACAUAUACUAUUUAUCUGA